GUAAAAUUGAAUACUUAUAUAUAGACGCAACAUAUGUAUAUUUUGAUGAACAUUUGCAAAAGAAUCACUAAUUCUCUAAAAAAUUUACUUCAAAUAUUAUUCCUUGUUUUCCCCAAAAUUGCGUGGAUGUCACGCUCGGUCAUUAGAAGUGUGCAAUCUCUUGGAUAUAGGAUAAGAGAGCUCUGGAUAUAUAGUAUCAUCAAUAUUUUAUCAAAUUACAAAAAUUUCAUCAAAUUUUCACCCUUAUAGCAUUCGUACCCUUAAUUCUUCAUUCUCUGCCCUCCAUCGUUUUAUCUAACAGAGACGAUAAAAGAAUUUUCAAGUUAUCGAAAGAGCAAUUAUGAUAUCUUCCAGACAGUCUUAGCAAUGAUGAAAUCGCCUCUUAACUUUCUUUGUUAUCCUAUAUCGUAGAGAUUUGCUCUAUAUAACUAAAAAAUUUCCCAAUUACUCUAAAUUAAAGAUGGUUGAAAAUGUAAUCUCCAAGUCUCCAAAUCUCUGCUAGUUAGGCUUAACUCUUAAGCCACCAAAAGAAACCAUCUCAGUAAAAUUAAUCUGUACUUUACAAGCAAGUCUAUUGACUUUAGAGCACAUGAUGAAGCUCUCAUACUUGCACUAAUAAAACAUCUUAACUAGAGGUUAUGCACAAAUUUGGCACCAAAAACUAGCUGUCCGUGCUCUAAAAAGCAUUAUGAGCCCAGAGUUGCUUCUAAGAGCUAGUAGAAAAGUUUACAUGCUUUGCAUAUAGACAUAACCAUUCGCUUAAAGCAGACAUUGUUGUAUAUCGAUUUUAUAAAAUUGAUUAAUCUGUCGACAGAGAGUUAUUAAAAUUCCUAAUUUUU